AUCCCGGAAUGGUAGCACAAUAGAAUCAAAGUAAUGGUCCGGUCUAAAUUCUAAAUUCUUGAAAGAAUUUCACCUUUUUACAGAAUAUUUUCGCGGGAGAUGUUUUGGACGGGCGAGGAAAACCAGCAGCGAAGCUGGAUUCGCGAUUUUUGUAAUAACAUUAUAAGAUGCGGUAAGAUCCCUCGCCAUGUUGCCUUUAUUAUGGACGGCAAUCGCCGGUUUGCGCGAGAAAGACAACAGGUUAACGCUCAAGGACACGAAUCUGGCUUUCAAAAACUUUCAGAGACCUUACAGUGGUGCUUUGAACUUGGAAUAUAUGAGGUGACUGUGUAUGCAUUUAGCAUUGAGAAUUUCAAACGACCUAAAGAAGAAGUUGAUGGAUUGAUGGAGCUGACUAAACAGAAGAUUGCAAAACUCAUGGAACAAAAGGAUAAGAUUAUGGAACAUGGUGUAUGUGUAAGGGUAAUCGGGGAUCUCACCCUAUUACCCCCUGACACCCGCAAGGCAGUUGCUGAAGUUGUACAAUAUUCUAAGGACAACAAGAAGUGUUUUCUAAAUGUGUGCCUUGCCUACACUUCAAGACAUGAAAUCACUGAGGCGAUAAAACUAAUGGGUGAAGGUGUUGAUCUUGGAAUAUUGGAACCAAGUGAUGUUACAGAAACACUGAUGGACCAAACACUCUAUACCAACAAGUCACCAGAUCCUGAUUUACUUAUUCGGACUUCAGGAGAGACGAGACUCAGUGAUUUUCUACUUUGGCAGACUUCUUAUACUUGUCUAAUAUUCGAGAAAGUGCUAUGGCCUGCAUUCUCUAUAUGGGAUUUUUACCAUGCAAUAUUGUGUUAUCAAUGGAACUACACAGAUUUGAAGGCCAGGAAAGAAAAGACGGAAAAACACAAGAAAGCAAAAGAGUUGGAGUUACUAAAGUCAAGCGUAAUAAAGGAAAAUAAUUUCGAUACGGACUGCUUAUCAAAAGAGCAGAAAUUCAGAGUUGAAAAAGCAAUCAAGACCAAAGAAGAAAGACAAAAUGCGUUUCUGGCAUUUGUUGAAAAACGCAGAACUCAAAUAUUAGAAUGUUGUUUGUGAAACGGUACGUCCACAAUAAUAAUAUUCCUUUCAUGAAAAGGAAUUUUAAACGGGAGAUAUUGGAAUGGGGAUAAUAAAUACACCAUGAAAUGAUUUAUUGUGCAAAUAAAUAAAUGUAUCUUUUAUUAAAGCUAAAAGCGACAGAA